UGGGGCUGCAGAAAUUUAUUCAGCUGCCAAGACAGUAGGCUAGACAAAGUGAAUAAACAGAGUGUCCAUCCCUCUUCUUGCAGGCCUACAUUUAGUUGACUGCACUUGCUUGUAUUUACAUCAUGCAUAGGGGAGAGUGGGGUAAGUUGAGCCACCCCUGUUCCUUGGAAAUAGUAAAAGAAAUUGAUCAUGUGACCAAAUAUUUAGGAGAUGGGCAUCAAUAAAUGGAGUCUGUGAAGGUUAGAAGCACAUGGGUGAAGGGGUUAGACAUUUAUUCCCCUGAAAUCACUGAAAACAGCAAAUUCAUUUGUAGAUGUUAGUUGACAUUUUAUAUUAUCCAGCUGUGGGAUCACCAAGCCACCGGGAUGUUUCCUCUGGGAAAUUCAGCCUCCAAAAUCUGUGGCAUUUCAUCCCAAAUUUAGAUUUCACUCCAGACAAGCUUUAAACAGAGCAAACAGUUUUGUCACCACUAAAUUUUUUCAGCUGGCAUGGACAAAAGUCAAAUUUUCUCUGUUUGUAUGAGAUAAAUCCAAAUUCUGAUGGCUGCUGGCGCUUACUCGAUGGAAAAAUUUGUACAAGUUAAAAAACAGGGGUCAAAAUGGCUUCAACACCCAGCUCUGAUGACCCAGGUCUGGGGGUUUUCUUGCAAAGACCAAAAUCAGUACGGGGUGGGAUAGCCCUGCUUUAAAUUCGACUACUGGUCCUAUAAUAUCUGAUCAUCACUGUUAUUCUGGGGUCAUCUGGGGGGAGCUGAUUAGUUAAGGAUGGAAAAUCUAAGUCAUUUCCCUUCAUCACUACAAGUAAUGAUUUAUGCAUUUGUACCUAUUCCUAAUAUAAAAGUUAGAAACCCAGUAGUCUCUCAUUCUGCAAAAAUAUGGUCCCAAAUGAGGAAAUAUUUCGGAUGGGAGGAAAGUUCAGCAUUAACUCAUCUAAUUACUCAUUCACUCCAUCACUCUCAGAGAUAUCAUUUGCCAAAAGAAAAGGCAGACUGUGCAAAUGCUAUUCUUCAUUUUGGAGUGCAGCACUUCCCCCUAGAGGUUGACCUUGUGGCCCUGCUCAUCUGCUCAGAUCAGAGUUGAGGAAAACCCUUAACGGUGGAGGGGUGAUAUUGUGAUUUGUUAUAAAGAAACAACCAUACAGAUUAAUGUAAAAUGAGAUUAUCGAGGUUUAUCUCAUUAUUCUUUAGGAGUAUUUGACAGAGGUGAUAUUUUUGUGACUUCUAAUUGAAGAUUUUUAGGGCUUGUUUAUAGAUGGACUCAAGUGUUUAUACCAGGGAUCAUAUAAUUCCAUUUAGUUUGCAUUAGUUCAUUUUCAAAAGGUUUAAUACUGUGACGUAUAUUUCACUCCAUCCAUUCUAUUAUAAUUUCUAUAAUACUGCAAUUCUCAUAAUUUUUUGGCUAGCGAAGUGAGCGUGCCGUACAUUUUUUUCUCUCCUUUGUACAGAACAUAUAACUGCCUCCCCUGUUUGCUGUCUUCAUGUCAGGCUAACAGCUUGCAGGCUGAAGCUUUUUUUUUCAUCAAGUAAACAUGAGACAAGUAUUAUGUGUGUUUCUUGUCAGUUCAAAUUUGCUAACAUACCAGGGUACAAUAAGAUUCGAUUUUUGCACAGCUUUUGUUUUCGGAAACCCAGCUUUCCCUAGACCUAUUCAACUUUGGCAGCAUCCUUACAGCUCAUCCAAUGGCUGCACAUAUGCUUUGGUCUUCAACACAGUUAAAGAGAAGAAGAGCUCGGCAUUAUCAGUGAAUAUGACCCUGACUUCUGACUGCAGCAACCUGUUUUCUUUCUAUGUCCAACCUCCUCCAGUUUUUCAACUCUCCUCUCUAUAAUGGAAUAUUGUAAUGUGUGUGUGUGUGUGUGUGUGUGUGUGUGUGUGUGUGUGUGUGUGUGUGUGUGUGUGGGCAGUGCGCAGUGCCUGGAUGCUGCUCUCUGCCUCCUCCACAUAUCCAGUUAGUUAUGUAAGAACACUGAAGAGUAGCCCAUAUGGUUGUGCAAGCUUAUUUUUAAUCUGUCUCUGUUAAUGCAGAAGUUGCUCACCGCCCUAACGCUCUGCUAACUUCUCACACUGCAUGGAUCAUUUCUUAAUGAUUGUAUAAUUGUCCUGCAAAAAACAACCCUCCUUUCUCCUCUGUCUGUGUGAGUUUCCUUUGUUAUUGUCAGACACUCAGCUUGAGCCACGGCUCAGUACACCUCAAAGCGAGGAGAGCACCUGUCCCACUCUGGAAACUUGUCAGAUCCAUGUCACAUAGGCAAUAUUUGUAACUAUCAAGAGAAAAAAAAACACAUUAGCCACAAUAUUGAUUUUUUAGUGUACCCAUUCAACAAUAAACUUAGAUUUUCCUUCAUUACUUUCUUUGUUUGAGGCUUAUUAACAACUUUGUCUGCAUUAGCUCGUUCUAAUGAGGUGUAGUUUAAUAAUAUACAGUACAUAUAAGAAAUUCCUACCCACCUUAUUUAAAGUGACUGACAAGGGGACGUCAUAGGCCCUAUGUAGCAUUUAGAAAAACACACUGCCCCCAAGUGGCCUGUCACACAGAACACACUUCACAGAACUGCUUCGUUUUAAAAGUCAUUGGUAAUUGUGAGACUAAACAUUAAUAACCUUAUCUUUUUAAUUCAACAAAUAUGAAAUGACUGUAACACAAAAUUCAUGAUGGGGAUAUCUUAUUGUAGUUUAAUGAAUACUCGAAAUCAAAAAAACAAUGUAAAACGUUACACUUCUAUUCCUUCGAGGAGACAGAAGAAAGGACAAAAAAAACUUCCGAAGGUGGGCUUAUUUCUGUUGGACAGUGGUGCUCUUCAGUGCUUUUAUUGCAUAUCUUUCGCUUUAACAAAGCAAAGGGUUGUGUAUGAUGGCUAAAAGCUGCCGAUGCUGGAAAUAAUAAAGAAUGCAAAAAAAAAAAAAAAAAGAACGCCGCUGCUGCAAAUAAAAAUAAUGCAAAAAAAAAAAGAAGACACAACGGAAAGUGGAAAGGUUAUUGUUUAAUUUCGCUUCGUGUGCUUUUAUUUUCGCAGGAAAUAACUUUUUUUUCCAUCAUCACUUUUUUGCGUUGUUAACUUCUGUUGUGGCUUUUUUGUUGUUGUUGUUUGUUUUUUAUCUGCAUUUUUCCUUUUUUUAUUUGCGAAGAAACUUCGGUUUCUUAUUUUUGCAUCAGUAACUCCCGUUGUGACUUCUUUUAUUUGCAUUCUUUUUUAUUUGCAGCAGUGGUGGUUCUCGGCCACCGUAGUUGUGUUUAUGAAAAAUGGGAAACAAACGAUUAUCGUGUUAGUCCAGACUCUGGUGUUGACACAAACUGGAUUGAACGUCUACGUGAAAUGCAAAUUUAUGUGUUUCCCUCCGUUUUUAAUAAACGUCAACAAAGAAGCACGUUAAUACUAUUUUUGAUUUUCAUGGUUUAUUAUUUUCAGAAAAACUCUAUUAUUGCCAAGGUUUAUUGUGAGCACUUGAAUGCAUCUUGUCAACGCCCCUUGUCGAGUCCCUGUCAUUUGAUUGGCUGAGUCUGCACGUCAAUCAAAACUGUACCUCGCAGGCAGUCGGAGUGAGGGGAACAGGUUGAAAAGGGCUGGAGGAGGAUUGUACAUUCAAAUACUGUUGGUUACAGAUUGUAACCGGAUACAACACACAAGCUGGUAAGGAGUGUUGUCGUGCGUUGUUACUUCUUGAAUGUCUGGUGACUUAUUUUCUUCUCAAUGUGUGAGAAAAUCGCUUUCUAAUUGAGAAAAAAAUCAAUUCACGCAGUCAAAGCUUUGCCUAGCAGGAUUAUUUCUUGCGAGCUAUCGCGUUAAUACUUGUUUGUUAACGUUAGCUUACACAGUCCCAUAUUGUUGCAUCCUUAUAUUUAAUAUUGAAUAUAAAAACCGUGUGGCUUGGUAUGCUGCUGCUUUACAAGAGACUGAGAAGACCUCAACUUUAGACCACGAGUUAUUGACUUGUGUACACAUUGAUACACGAUAGAGAUACAGCAUGGUGAGUGGCAAAAUCCUGUGUUGUCUAGCUAGCUUAGCACAGGAGGAGGCUAAUGUCGUGACUGUGUUGAUAGUUGCUUUACACGAUAUCUACCUCCUGCUACACGCAUGACUCGAGAAAUUGCACACAAUUCUGCAGCUGCGAGAAAUAUCCAACAAUAAUACACUUAUUUAAUAGAGAAAUUACAAAUCUCAUCAUUUCAAGGCGAGCAUAUUCUUGUUGCACAUGGUUUCAUAUGUAAAGCAUCUGGUUGCAGCCCUGUCUUUGUGUUUGUUACACAAACCUUUGUGUUUGCUUUGUGUUAUUGUUCCACAUACAUCUUCAAGCACAUGCACUAAAGCUUUAGCCUCUCUUGUAUGCAUACAUGUAAAGGACUGCAAAUGCAAAUAGACACAACACAUCUGUACAGCCUCAUAAUGCAGAGCAGAAGCUUACACAUGAUAGAUAAUAGUCCAGAAAAAUACAAAAGUAGACAGUGUAUAUGAAACAUGAAAUUACAGUGCAAGUUUACCCAUGUGGCAGUGAUAAUAUGUGAGAGAAGUGAGCUGUAUUUGAAUAGCUUCCUCAAAAAAAGGAAAUGUGUUUAUCUGAAAGGAUGCAAAGUUUAGUCAAAGAUAAGAGAAAAGUGAGAAAAUGAAGAGAAAAAAACUGCUUCUUUCAACUGAGGAAAAUCUCUAAGCUUAGGAAAAUGGUGUCGCAAAAUGACUUGGAGCUCAUCAUUCAUGCCUUUGUGUCGUUACGUUUAGACGACUGUAAUAGUUUGUUUUCAUGUCUGAACAAAAAGGAGCUGUCUCGUCUUCAGCUGGUGCAAAACUCUGCAGCGAGAAUUCGAACCCGCGCUAAUAGGAGGACUCACAUAUCCCCUAUUCUUAGAGCUCUAAGUUGGCUGCCUCAGUUUUAAAAUUCUGGUCCUAACAUUUAGAGCCUUGCAUGGUCAGGCUCCAUCUUACAUUUGUGAUCUGAUCCAGUCUUACACCACCACUCGGGCUCUGAGGUCCGUGGAUCAGAAUCUGCUGAUGGUUCCGCGCACUUGUUUUCGACCAGACCAGAGGAGACUGAUCCUUCCAGGUCAUUGCUCCCAGGCUUUGGGAUGAUCUUCCUCUCUCAAUGUGCUUAAUUGACUCUGUUGACUCCUUUUAAAAGCCAACUCAAAACUUAUUUAUUUUUGUUUAAUUGUUUCUGGGCUGCUAUGACUGUUCAAUGUUGUUGCCUUGGCCUUUUGAUUUGUAUGUACAUUUUUAUUUUUGUCUAUGUGAAGCACUUUGUGACUCUUUUGUCUAUGAAAAGUGCUACACAAAUUAAGUUUACUUACUAAAACUGUAGCUGUGAGUUAUAAGAGAGUGCUGUCUCUCAAGAGUAAGUUGGAGCUCCUCCAGGCUGUUUGCAGAAAACACACAAAAAAUAAACUCGCAUAUUUUAAAGUACAAGGAUCUUUAAUCCUGGUUCAGCCUUCAGGUGGAGAUAGGGUUGGGCGAUAUGGGAAAAAGUUUAUCGUGAUAUAUUUUUUUCAUAUCAGUCGAUAUAGAUAUAUAUCACGAUAUAAAAAAUGAAAUUUACCUGUGCUUAUUGGUAGCAUGUCUUUUGCAAUACAAUAAGCUACUGCAUCUGUGAGGUCUUUGUGUCUCUUCGAUGUUUUGUUGUAAGGCGUUGCGCUAGAGAAAGCAGAAUGGUCGGUUGUUUCGGCUGCACAGGUGCCAUGGGCUCCUUGCUCCACUCAGGGUUUAUAAACUUUUGCAUUGCAUGUGCUCUGCUGCGUGGCACUGCUUCAGGUGGUGAAAAAGAUUUGAGGUAUUCCCUGACUUUGCAAGAACAUGUACUUGACAUAAUUUGUAGUGCACAUUACUCGCUUCAUGUCAGACCUGUGUUGUCAACAGUGUCAUGAUCUGUUGAGCCUUCAUCUGCAUUUCUGUCGGGGGUAGCACUCAUUUUCUUUUUUUUUCUCACCAACAGUGCUGUCGGCUUCACGUGUUUAAGUCCUAUGGUUGCAUGUAGCUGCAGCCUGCUACUACACAGUUGUUUGCUACUUUGUUCUAACUCAGCACGAUUGGUUCAGCAUGAAGUGCACCUGGAGCAACUCCCCUUUUCAUUGGCAUGAAAAACAUGGCAAAAUGCCGACUAUCGAAAAGCAUAUUGACCGUGUUUCAUAUAGAUAUUGAGGGAAAUCAAUUUUUGAUAUAUAUCAUUGUUUUUGAUAUAUAUCAUUGUUUUAUCACCCAGCCCUUGGUAGAGAUUGUGUUGUUGUGUGUUUUUGCUUGUACUGUCAACUUAGCCAGAAAGGGCAGAGACUAUAGUGUUACUUUAAUCUAGACAAGAUCAAGUGACUUUAUAGAAAAAAAAGAUAGUUCCUCAUUCGCUCAUGUCAUGAGGAGUGACUCAUUUCAGAGGAAGUGAUCGUCCCUCUUCCCUCUUGACUACAGGAAGGUCUCAGCGCAGCGUGGGUGCCCAGGGAUCCGCUGCCUGAGUGCGGGGAGAUAAGCAGCCAAGACCCAAGAGACAUGAACCACACAAAGGGCGGCCUGGUCAUCUUCACCGCAAACUCGCACCCCUCCAGCAGAGAGCUGGGCAAGAGGAUUGCAGAGUGAGUACAGGUCAAAAACAACCAGAAGAAGCUUAAUAUUAAAGUUCACUUACCCCUCUGUCAUCUCCUUUUACAAUACAACAAUUCUAGUGUGCAUGAUAGUUUGUAGCAGCACCAAUAUUCAUACUGUUAUGUGGAAACAAAGCAUGCUCAAAAUGCACAUAAGGCACCCUUGGCCUUCAGGAUGACAUUGGAGUCUGUGCAUGUUUAUAAAACAAAUAGAGCAUUCAGACAGGCUUAUCAUUCACUACAUUCCAGCUGUGUGUAUGAGAGAGUCAGAGAAUGGAGGGGAUAGACGCACAUCAUGUUAACAGUUAACAGGAAAAUGUGCUGACUGCAGAAUGAGCAGAGCAGGCUUGGAAAAAAAAAAAAGACAUUUUCUCUCAUGAUAUUCAGAAAUAAAGGAUCCUGUGUUUUUUUUCUGUAGAAUUUAUAGCAACUACAGCUUUUUCAGUGAUAAGAAUGAAGCGCCUCUUGUCUUCUGGGGCUCUCAAUUCUGUUUCCCUUCCUGUGUCGCUCUGUUAUUCUCCACCUCCCUCACUCUCUACUUCCUUUGUCUUCCAGGCGGUUAGGGGUGGAGCUUGGGAAGGUGCAGGUGUACCAGGAAGCUAACAGAGGUAAGGUGAUGCUUUUAAAAUGUUAUUAAAGAGAUUGUUUAUUCCAGUGAACAUAAGGUUGUAUGAAUACACUGACAGGGUGAAGUCUGUUAAUAUCAGAUUCCCAUGCACAGCUCGGCUCAGUCAGGAUUGCGGCGCAUGUGCGACCGAGGCUUUAAAAGGUCACCAAAUACUGCAGCACAUCUACACCACAAUUAAUAAAUCACUGUAAUAUAAAGUGACCCAGAAUGACAUGCGCACUGCGAAGGCCGGUGACACAUCUUCCAAUCAUCUAAUUAAAUUAUCCGAAGGCCCCACACAGCUGUUCGGCUUCAACACUAGUGUUUGUGGAGUGGUAGGAGAUAACAAAGGGAUUCAUGUUUUCAGUUUUUGCUCUCUGGUUUUGACACUAAAAUAGUUUUCACUUGGUGAACUAUGUGCAGGUUGUAGUAGCAAACUAUAAUACAACCUGCAGCUAUGAGACUAUGACCUCUUUAAUCAUGGAGUUCAAAUUUACUGAUUUAAUGUUGUACAUGUCCACAUACUUUGCAUCAGUGCAGGGUGACCGUACAUCCUCUCUUACUCCAACAUGUCCUCUUUUUGGGGGGUUGUCCGGCCUUGUCCGGGGGGAGGGUUUAAAAUCCUUCAAAUGUCCGGGGUUUUGUAUGGAAGUUUUUAGUUUGUGUAGCGUGUUGACCUGAACCAAAAACCCUCCAAAUUUACUACGCGCGACAUCGUCCUCUUUUUGGGAUUCAGAAUAUGGUCACCCUACACCUGACUUCAGGCAGGGCCCCUCCACUGAAUCUGCUCCUCUGAUGGUAACUGAAUCACUGUGUUUGGCUAGAGCUGCUGAUCAGUCUUUACUUUUAUUACUGCUGGAUCUGUCUGCUGUGUAUGACACAGUAAACCACCAAAUCCCUCUCUCCACUCUUGUUGAAGUUGGUAUCUCUGGAUCUGCCCUCUAGUGGUUGGUGUCCUACCAAAGAGAGUCCAAAGAGAGAUCUUAACUUGUCUGCUCUGAAUCUAGGUGUCAUGAUUCCUGCCGAUUCACCCUCUAUAACAUCAGGAGAAUCAGACCCUACCUGACAGAGCAGGCAACACAGCUCCUAGUACAGGCUCCUGCAUUCUCACGCAUUGACUACUGCAACUCCUAACUGGCAUGCCUCCCUUAUGCAGAGUUAAACUUCUGCACAUGAUCCUAAAUGCAGCAGCAUGUGAAUCUGCUGUUCAUCUCUCUUCACUGCCUGCAUCAAACAUAAAAGCCUAUGUCUUGCCUCCAAAACUGCAACCAGAUCAGCUCCUGCCUACCUUAUGAAGGUUUAAACUCCCUCCUCCUUUCAAGGACACCACAGUUUAUUUCAGCCAGACAACACCGAGCCACAUGAAGCACAUUUGACAACAGCGCGGCUUCUUUCCUGCAGUCCAGACCUGUUUCCCACUGAAAAUGUGUGGACCAUUAUGAAGCACAAAAUAUGACAACAGGGACCCUGGACUGUUGAGCAAGAAUCCUUCCUUUAAUUAGCCUGAAUUUUGUUAAUAUGUGUAGCAGAACAAGGCAUUAAGAAAUGAAAACCCCACGACCAUGACUCUAAAAAACUGCUCAGAUCCGAGCCUGUCACUGACAUUAAGACUCUUUCUUCCGAAACACAUUUGAUGCAGCUCUGAUUUUGUUUGUCUUUGACUCUUCGUUGGAAACUAUUUGUUGUCUAAUCUCUUUCGUGAGGGCGGCUCAUGUUUGGAAUGCUGGUAUCUACAGUUCACACAGUCAGGGGGGAGGGGAGGAGGGGGGAUGCCGUUUGUGUGAGAAGCACAAAGAGCUUGGAUUGCUCCCUAAUGAAGCUGACAGGCCUCCAAGGCUCUGUUAUAAAGUGUGUUUGUGUGUGUGCAUGUAUGUGUAUGCGAAUUUGCAUGCAAGUGUGCAGGCUUUCCUUGCCGCUCUCCACUUCUCACAUCUUGUUGUUUCCAUAGAAACGCGGGUGCAGAUCCAAGAGUCAGUGCGAGGCAAAGAUGUCUUUGUCAUCCAGACAGUGUCCAAGUAUGGAAAGAGCAUGAACACAAUUCAAAUUUUGAGCAAUUUCCUCUGAAACGUCUCACUCAUAGCUUUUGGUUUUUGGUCUUUUCCUUUUCUCGGUCUGUUCCCUCCAUCAUCUGGCUGGAGCAGAGAUGUAAACACCACCAUAAUGGAGAUGCUGAUCAUGGUGUAUGCAUGCAGGACGUCCUGUGCCAGGAGCAUCACAGGCGUCCUCCCAUACUUUCCCUACAGCAAGCAGUGCAAGAUGAGGAAGAGGGGCUCCAUCGUCUCCAAGCUUAUUGCCUCAAUGAUGUGUAAAGCAGGUGAGUGGGAGACUGUCGCUUUACUGUAUAAAGUAGGGGGAGGGGAUAUUGUGGAGCUGCCCUUAAAGGGAUAUUCCGGCAUAUAAUUAAUUUAGGAUCAAACACACGGUAACGAGUUAGACACCCCCUUGAGGGAUGAAUGUUGCCGACCGCUUGCUUCUCUAGUUUUACCAACUUUAGUAACGACCGCACGAUAGCAAUACACAGCUGUCUGAGGAGCCAUAAACAAACCUCAACUAAAACGCCACUCUAUAGCCACAAAUAAUGCUCAGAACAGCACCUGUGGUCGUUACUAAAGUUGGUAUAACUAGAGAAGAAAGUGGUUGGCAACAUUCAUCUCUGGACGGGGUGUCUAACUUGGUGUUACGGUUAGGAAUACGGUUAGGUUACGCUGAAGUAUCCCUUUAAGAGUUGACGAAAACACAAGGUCUCUCUGCAUUCGUACAGUGUUUCUUAACCCAUGCAUGUAUUAAAUAUAUGAAUUAUUACCCUUUGAACUCUGCAAUAGAGUUAAGUCCACCAGGACAUACAUUAGUAUUCCUGCCUGUAGUGAUAAAAUGUAUAUCUGCUAAUAUAGGAGUGUGCUGUGGCACUGAACUAGAAAUAAAAUACACUUCUUUAGUUUGCUGCAUUACUUGAAUAUUCAACAUACCUGCAAUACCUGAGGCAACACAAUUCUUUCAGGAGGUUAAUUUCAAAUGUUCAUCUUCAUGCACAGAUCAGAUUUAGGCAAAUUAGAGUAUUUCAAUUGUGUUAAUCCUGCAGUCCAAAUGAACAUGUUUGUGCAGGUCUCACCCAUCUGAUCACCAUGGACCUUCAUCAGAAAGAGAUCCAAGGCUUCUUUAAUAUCCCAGUAGACAAUCUGAGGGCGUCACCUUUUCUGCUGCAGUACAUCCAGGAAGAGGUAAAAACUGAACAGUCUCAUGGUGAAGAUAUAAAACCCUUGUCUAUUUUCCUUACAACAUAUCAAAUCAUCCCUGUGACAAAUACACUUAAUUGAUUUGAGAAAAACAUAAUCUAGUUACGAUCAAUCCUGUUUCCCACAUGAUAGAGAACAAGGGCUGAGCAAUGCCAUUUCACUAUCAAUGCUGCAAUUCAACUUUUAAAGGAAGAAUUAAGCAAAUUGUUAUUGAUUGCAGAUCUGUCAAUCAGUUCAUUGAUUAAUCCAUCUCAAAUUUCCUCCAGAUCCCUGAUUAUAGAAACGCUGUGAUUGUUGCCAAAUCUCCAGCCUCUGCCAAAAGGUAAGCUCCCCCCUUUCAGCUGAAUUCAGAGCUGUUCCUCUUUGUACCGCAAAGUUUGUGAAGCAUAAAGCUGUGACGCUCUCCCUUUCACCUUCAUAGAUCAGACACUACCUUUCUGUACAAACACAAUGCUCUCUACCUCAUUGUACUUAGAAUUCUUCCACUAGGGGGAGCAAGAAUAGAACUUUCUGGUAUUUCAAACCGUGACAAAAAGUACAAUUUAAUAUUUCUUUUUAUAACCUGUUGUAAAACCUGUGUAAAAGUGUUUAUGAGAUUGACUACAGUAUGUUAUAGGGUAUAAAUUCCUCCCUUUGCCCCUGCAGGGCUCAGUCAUUCGCUGAGCGGCUGCGUCUUGGUAUCGCAGUGAUCCACGGCGAAGCUCAGGAUGCAGAGUCCGACCAGGUAGACGGACGUCACUCCCCACCAACUGUCAAGACCACCGGAGCCAUUCAUCCCAGCAUGGAGAUACCAUGUAAUUAAAAUCUAGGCUCGGAUAAUGAUCAACUAACAGACAACAAGGGCAAUGCAUGUGCAGCUGUUGCAAUGAAGGUCAUGCAAAGAUAAGAAGUCGGGCAGAUUAAUGGUGCUCAUUUAGUUCAGUUGAUAGAGCACACAGCUCAUGUGCAGAGGACACUUUACAAACUCCAAUCAUUUUCCAAUCAAAAAAUAGAUAAAUAAAUAAACUUAAAUGAGGGAGAAAAAAAUUUACUCGAGUUUUGGUCAUCUAACUUUUUUGAAAAAGAUUUGUAUUUUCUAUUAUUUGUCUAAGUUGUCUAAUUUUCUACAAUGCCUACAAUGAUGACUAUAAAUGCAGACCAGUAUAAGAUCACACUGAACUAACAGCCAUGCAUAAAACAGUCUCUGUAUGCCUGUAAACCUGCAGUGUGAGCCUUUUUUUUUUUAAAGUAAAGCAGCCUGUAUUCGAGACAUGCAGGUCCCCUCUGCUGGUGUCAGAGGUACUAGCAGGGGGCUAAACAAAGAAAUAGCAGAAAGAUGUAGCUGUUAAUAUAUUCCAACACAUGAAAAGCAAACUAUGUGCAUCUGGAACAACUCAAAACAACAAUCUGUAAUGUUUUAUAAUGCUGAAGCGCAGCAGGAUUUCACCUCUAGUUAAAGUCACCUUGUUGUCUUUCAAGCCAUUUUUCUGAUCCGAACAGUCGCGAUUUAAGAGUUGAAGAGAUGUGUGAAAUAUACAGUAAGUAGAAAAUGCUUUUACCUCUCUGUGUGUCUUUUUUGUUUCCAGUAUUGAUCCCCAAAGAGAAGCCUCCUAUUACUGUGGUGGGAGAUGUAGGAGGACGUAUCGCCAUUAUUGUGGUAAGAGCAAACAGUACAUAACAUGGCUUUUAACACGUGGUUUAUCCUGCUUAAAAAUCAAAGAGGGAACACAUUAGAUUAUCUCUUGAGGCGUUACAGCACUGGCUUCAAUUUGGGGAAGCUGUUUCACAUUUUCAGCUCUGCUUGUUUAAGACGGGUUUGUUCGUCUUGCAGGAUGACAUCAUUGAUGAUGUGGACAGUUUUGUGGCGGCAGCAGAAACACUGAAGGAAAGAGGAGCCUACAAGAUCUUUGUCAUGGCAACACACGGCAUCCUCUCCUCUGAGGCUCCUCGGUUCAUCGAGGAAUCGGCAAUAGAUGAGGUGAGAAGAUCCUCUGUGAGACCUUUGCUUCAACUCUUAAAGGGAUAUUCCAGUGUAAGAUUAAUUUAGGGUCAAACACACUGUAACACCGAGUUAGAGUCCCUCUUGAGAGAUGAAUGUUGCCGACUGCUUACUUCUCUAGUUAUACCAACUUUAGUAACGACCGCACGAUAGCAACACACAGCGGUCUCAAGAGCCACUCUAUAGCCACAAAUAAUGCUCACAACAGCACCUAAGUUCAUCAACAGUACAUAUAGGGUCCCAGCCUAAACAUAUAGGGUCCCAGACUAAACACAACUCAACUACUCUCUUCCAGCAGCCGCUUGUUUGUGGCGAGACCUCGACAAGUCCAUCAUUCACUGCAGCGGGGUGAUGCAGCUCAAGGAAGAACAUUUAUGAUCAUUUCUUCAUGGAAAUGCAAUCAGACCAAGACGCUAAGGCAGAAGAACUACUGUGUCUGCAGUGCAAAAUGAUCAAUAUGGUGAUUAUUAAUUUAAGGAAAUUAUAAAAAAAAUGAUCAUAAAUGUUCUUCCUUGAGCUGCGUCACCCCGCUGCAGUCCAUAAUGGACUGGCCCAAGGCCUUGCUACAAACAAGCGGCUGCUGGAAGAGAGUAGGUGAGGUGUGUUUAGUCUCUUUGCUAAAGAAAUCAGGCAAAGUAAAAAAGAUGUUUGGUGGCUGGUGGCUAAAUUAAUUUUAUGUCGGAAUAUUCCAUUACUAAUCUGCUGGUAGUUCUUCACAUCAUGUUUUUUCAUCAGGUGGUGGUGACCAACACAAUACCCCAUGAGCUCCAGAAACUCCAGUGUCCCAAGAUAAAAACAGUGGACAUAAGCAUGAUUCUCUCAGAGGCCAUCCGCCGCAUCCACAAUGGAGAGUCCAUGUCCUACCUGUUUCGCAACAUAGGAGUGGACGACUGACAAACUAGCGACACUGGAACACGACACGAAUCUCACGUGACAUUUGCCUUUUUCGAAUCGAAAACUUCAGACGCGCAGAAGGGUGAAUGUUCAACUCCAAAUGUUACACAAGUCCUUUCGUUGAAAUAUCGAAUGCUAACCCUUUUUCUUUAAAUGCGGCUUAACAUAGAUGAUGACUGACUACACAAACAUGCUCAUGCAUAACUUCGCAUAUACCUCCUCUUAGUUUUGUUACAUAGCUGUGAUUAAACACACAUACCUGAGUAGACAUUAACGGACUCUCGCCAUUGGCUGUCUUCUCCUGCUGUCAGACAGAACUGCACUCCUUUCUUUCCUCUCUUACUUUUCGUUGCGUCUCAAAAUCCUGUCUAAACACGUGUCCUGCUUAUGUUUCCUCAGCAAUCAUCGUCGAUAUUAAACUGUAUCAUUAGAGCGUGCAUUGAAUGUUUUUUCAAAGUACAAUCUCUUUCCUCACAUUAACACAGCAGCAGUUUUUCUCCGACACAGCUGCAGGGUGUGAAGCUCAAAUGCUGUUAUGUUUAAAUAGAACAUAAAAAUAUGAGGAGUCUAACGAUUUGUUAGAAUUUUAGUGCUUCUCAAAUUAAAAUGAAGUGAAACACGGUGUAAGUAUCAGACCAGAGCAUAAAACCAGCACUCUAAAUGAAAGCUAACAGGCUGGUUCCUCUCUUUAUCUUGUAGUGUUACAAAGGAGAAUUUGAGUUCACCAUCAGAAAAGCGGCUGCUGUGUUAGCGUGAUCAGUUUCCUCAGUAUCAGGAAGAGCGCCAGUGCCUUCUACAGGACAUCUCCAACACACAGGCCUUCAAUACACUCCUGUUCCAAUACACCGACUGCUUAGACGUGUAGUACGCAGAUUCACAGCUAAUUAUUUCAUGUAGAUUUCUAGAGUCCAUGUUUAACUCGCUUUCUUUUGUUUUGGUGUCCAACUGUGCUACUUGAAGAGUCAGUUGAGACCUAAAGGUAGCCAUGUGUCUGUGUGUUUGUAGCAUAUAUGCUAAUCUGGUGUCAAAUGUAGUUACACUGAAGAUGAACCGGAGAUUCAUACUCAGACUGGUUAAUUGGAUGGCUGUAGUCAAAUGAAACAUGUACAAACGAGUCAUCAGUUUAUCAGUGUGCCAUUGUUCAAUGCCUGCCCACAGGUGAUCUUUGGUCGUGCCUGACUUAAGUUCUGCUCCGAGUGAAGAAAGUAGUCUGAAAGAAGUCAGCUUAACAUUUCAUCCAAAUUCAACUCUCUGGUUGGAGGGGAAAGUUUUUUUUUUUUUUAAAUCAGGUAGAAAUUAGAAAAAAAGAAAUCCUUAUUCAUUCAACGGGUCAUUAUGAGAGAGAUCGAUGAUAACACAUUCUACCUGAGUUUCCUAAAAUCGACUUCCAAACUGCAGCUAAAGAUGGAAAAGUAAAUGAAACUUUUUCUGUUGAGCAAAUCUUGACUGAAGCAGGUCUUUGUCACUUUAAUAGAUGUGUUCCAAAAAUUUUUUGUAUUUAUUUUCAGCACUUGAAUAAAAAUGACCUACAAAAGACAG